CAUUCAUGGUCAUUCAUUCAAGCAAAAAACUUCAGCUAAACUACAGCAGUCAGCAAUUCUGUGUUGUGAUUACGGUUUUUUUAAGAAAUAUUUUAUAUUAAUUACUGAUUUCUACAAGCCUACGACGCAAUAUAUUGUAUGCAUUUUGGCUGCAGUGUUUUAACUAUAAAUUCCUGAACCGCAACAUUGUCAAACGUAGGGGUUUUGUGAGACAAGAGGCAUUAUCUCAUUUUUAAGGAGGGGAAGCUUUUCAUGAUGAUAGCUAACAACAGAACAGAUAGAUCCAGGUCGCCUCAUAGGGCCGACAAUGUCGGUCGGCGACGCGAUAACAAAACUCAAGAUUCUGCUAAAUCAAUGGAUAACAUGCCCAAUGUCAUGAAUCCUAUGAUGAUGACCAAUAUGUUUCCUCAAGCUAACAUGAUGAUGGCUAGUGGAAUGUACCCCAAUAUGAUGUUACCCGGGCCACUUAUGGGUGGAGGCAUGAUGCCUGGCUCAGGAAUGGAAAUUAUGCAAGGUCCUGGCAUGGAUAUGGGGCCACCACCAUCUAUGGACAUGUCAGGAAUAGGAGGUCCACCUAUGGCACCUGCACCUGCUCCACCUAUGGAAAUGAGCAUGAUGGGUGGAAUGAUGAUGGAUCCCAGCAUGAUGGGAAUGUUUUCUAAUAUGAGUGGAGAUGUACCUUCUAUGCAGUCAAAGAAAGAAUUAAUAUUUAAACAUGCAAGGCUUACUCCUCCUGACUCAGGCACUCCUCAACCUCCCCGUCGAGGUAAACCUCCUGGCUGCCGAACUAUAUUUGUUGGUGGGUUACCAGAUAAAAUCAGAGAAAAUAUUGUGAGAGAAAUUUUUGAAUCUUAUGGUAGGAUCCAUACUUUGAGAUUGUCAAAGAAAAAUUUUUGUCACAUACGUUUUGAUAGAGAGGAAUGUGUAGAUCAGGCAAUGAUGAUAUCCGGAUAUCAUAUUAAACUGAUAAAUAUAAAUGACAAUGAUGAUAUGAAUGAAGAUGAUGAUGAUGAUGAAAGUUCAAAUGCUACAUCUGGUUGGUUACAUGUGGACUAUGCAUUGAGUCGUGAUGAUCAGAAUGAUUUUGAGCGGCGACAGAGACAAGCUUUACGAGCACAGCAAGUACAGAUGCAGCAGAUGAAUGUUCAGCAAGAAAUUGUAACUCGUAACAUAAAUCCAUUUGUGGAUCUAAGGAGAAGAUCGCCAUCACCACCAAGUAGGGUACAACCUUAUACUAAUGCUUCUAUGGUGCAGCUAGCAGAAAAACUUAAAAAUGAAGAACAAUUUGCUAUGACUUUACCAACAUUACUUGCCUGGCUAGAGCGAGGAGAAUGCUCCAAGAAAAAUGCUAAUCAAUUUUACACAAUGAUUCAAGCAACAAAUACACAUAUACGCAGAUUAUUUAAUGAGAAAAUGCAGGCUGAAGAAGAAUUACAGAAUUGCAAGGAUCGUGUCAAGAACCAUAUAGCAAGUGUGAUUGAACAACUCGAACAGGUGGCGAAAGUGUUUGCCGCAGCGUCUCAUCAACGUGUAUGGGAUCACUUCACAAAACCGCAGAGAAAGAACAUUGAGACGUGGCAGAAAAUGACGCAGGAGUUUAGUACACUGAAAGAAGAAUUUCUUGAAAAGUUUGGCGACGAUCGCGAUGGCGAUUUCAAUGGCUUAAGUCGGGCCUCAGAAAGUGAGGAAUUGCAACAAUUAAAACGUGAAAAUGAAAGUCUACAAUUUCAAUUGGAAGCAUAUAAAAAUGAAAUUGACGUCGUAAAGUCUGACACUAUGAAGGAGAUGGAGAAAUUCAAGGCGCAGUUUAUUGCACGACAAGCUUUGCAAGUUGCACUGGACAAAAAUCCGCCACUGCCAUCGCCGAUAGUAAAACCACCUCCACCGCCACCCCCGCCAUUGCCUGAGGAUAUACCGUCAUCAGGGCACUCCAAGGAAACCGUCGAACCAGGCUGCGGAGAAGCCAAGCUAAUUGGCGUAAUGUCGGCUUUCUUACAAGUACAUCCACAAGGGGCCAGCUUGGACUACGUAGUAUCGUAUGUCCGCGCCCUCUUCCCACAGGUCUCUCAAGCUACAAUACAUCAUGUACUGCAAAAACACACCGAUGUCUUCGAACGUACUACGAGCGGCGUCGGCGCUAACAUAGAAAAUAAAUGGUACUUUAUUGCAUUCAACAAAAUAAUAACUAAUGAUAAGAAAACUUAAAUGACAGGCAUUUUAAAAGUUCUUUGCAUAUCAAAUAUCUAUAGUUUGUGUAGUGAUUGUAAUUAUAGAUGUAUUUGGGUAUGUAAUGCAAUAAUCAAGAACAAAUUUGUAACCUUAAAUUGUAUUGUGUAAGUUUCGCUACUGAAAGAUUAUUUUUUGUAACAUAAUGCAAGUGUCUGAAUAAUUACAGAAGAGAGUUUGCUUCCUCAAACAAUUUAUUAUUAUAAUUCAACAAAGAAAACUAUGAAUCCUUUAAGCGUCGAUUCUAUAUAAAUCGACCCGGUGGUAACUGUCUAGAUUACAUAUAGUAAUUAUUUUAUUACAUCUGUAUUUACAGUACAUAAAAGUAUUUUUGAACAACUUUACCCCAUUUGUAAGGAGUGUUGUUUCUCAAACUCUUUAUUACCUACUUAACAAAAGAUCAAACUAGUAGAUUUUAAGUUUAUUUUUUCGUAAUAGUUGAAUGGAUACAAGGGAGUUACAAAGACCUGAUUAAAAAGGCAUUUAGUGUGAUAAAUUAUUAUUUUUUAUUAAAACUUUACUAGAUUUUUUAAGUCUAUGUUCCAAAAAUUGAAAGUAUUCAACAAGUCGAAUGAAGCUAAUUUUGUGACUGACAAGUAUGUAUGUAGGGGUUAAAUGUCUUAACUAAGUUACUUAAUAAAACUGUGUUUCAGUA